UUUGGCUUCUAGGCACCUAUGCAAUCAUUUAAUAUCAGUGUUAAUGCAAUAAGAUUCUGUUAAUUGAGAUAUGAUUUGGUGGCUGUUUUCUUUUGCAGCUUGCUGUGUUGCAAAUUAUUUGUUUCUAAAACAUAAACAUACUUACUGGACGAGAAGGGGUAUAAGGCAAUUUAAUCCCGAUUUCUUUUUUGGGAAUGGUAAAGAAAUUUUUCAAGGAAAAGUUAAGCUUUGUAAUGGUUUUAGAAAGCAAUAUUAUGAUUUGAAGAAGGAAAAUAAACAGUAUGGCGGUGUUUAUCUAUUUUAUAAACCAACCUUCUUACCUGUGCAUCCGGAAUUUAUCAAACAAAUCUUGACCAAAGAUUUUGAACACUUUACAUCUCAUGGAUUAUUUAAUCACGAAAAUGACUACAUAAAUCAACAUAUUUUCAACGUUGACGGGGAAAAAUGGAAAACUUUAAGAUCAAAAUUAUCACCAACAUUUACUUCUGGUAAAAUGAAGGGCGUUUAUGCGAUAUUGUAUAGUUUAGCUGAGCGACUUGAAAAGAAAGUUGGAGUUUAUGCCAAAACAGGACAACCACUAGAAAUAAAAGAGCACACCGCAUGUUUUGGUACCGACGUUAUUGCCACAUGCUUCUUUGGUCUGGAAAGUGAUUGCUUGAAUGUGCCAGAGAGCGAAUUCAGAAAGUAUGGCCAAUUAAUAUUUGCACCGAGAACAUUAAGAUUUAUAAUGGAAACGAUAUUCAAUUGGAAGCUCCUUGGGGUAUUGGGACAUACAUUUGCUUCAAAAAAAAUCACGAAAUUCUUUAUACCACUAAUAAAGGAAACUGUCGCUUAUAGAAAGAAAAACAACGUGUCCAGAAGAGACUAUAUGGAUCUUUUAAUACAUUUACAAAAUGAAAAUCAGUUAGAUGAAAAGGAACUUAUAGCUAAUACAAUGGUUAUGUAUGGUGCAGGUCAUGAAACUUCAUCAACUGCAACAACAUUCCUCAUGUAUGAACUGGCGAAAAAUCAAGACAUUCAAGACAAAGUUAGAGAAGAAAUCUUGAGAAUAUGCAAGAGAAAUCCUGACGGGGAAAUUACUUAUGAUGACCUGGCGGAUAUGAAGUAUUCUGAAAUGUGUAUAUAUGAAACUUUAAGACGAUACUCACCUGCAGCAGAAGUUCCAAGACAAUGUACCAAGACAUACACGAUUCCUGGCACUAACAGUGUUAUUGAAAAAAAUACUUUCGUACUUAUUCCUGUUUGGCUUAUCCAUAUGGACCCGGAAUAUUAUCCAAAUCCGGAGAAAUUUAACCCAGAAAAUUUUUUACCGGAAAAUAAACAUUCAAGACAGGAUUUUGUUUUUAUGCCUUUUGGAGGUGGACCCAGAUUUUGCAUAGGUUCCAAAAUUGCCUUAAUGCAUAUCAAAGUGAAUUUAAUAAAGCAAUUCAGGAAGUAUAGAUUUGCGCUAAAUCCAAAGACGCCCGAAAAUAUCACUUUUGAAUCAUUGUCUCUAACUUUGAGAGCUAAAGAAAAUAUAUAUUUAGAUGUUACUCCCGUAUUAUAACUAGGUACCAGUUUAUAUAACCACCAACAUAAAGUUUAAUGGAAUUUAUAAUUUUACAAAUA